CACAGCUGUCAGACGAGUGACACGAGUGAGUGAGUGCGUGCGUGCGUGCGGUGCGUGCAUGCGUGCGGUGCGGUGCGAUUCGAUGCGGUGGUGAUUCACUCCGGGACUAAAGUGCGUGUCCGUCCGUUCGUUGGAAGUGCGGCUAACAGCAGCGUAGCUAACAUGUUGCCCGAACAACGACCGGACCCGGACGCGUACAAGUAACGACGGCGGCGGCCAUCGGCCAUCGGCAAAGAGCUCAAUUCGAGCGGGGUGUCGGUCGCGGUGCGAGAGGCACACACGACACGACGCUGCCCAUCGAGAUGGUGUAGCGUAGCGCGCGCGCGCGAGGCGGGCCCCUGCGUGAGCGCGAGAGAAAGAGUGUGUUUUCGUCAUCCCCGUCGCCGUUGUCCUCGCCGUCGUCGUCGUCGUCGUCGUCGUCUUAGUAGUUGGUGGGAAUUAAGUGCAUUUGUGCGGAUCGCAUCUCAUCUCCCGCCCUUUACUCUCCUCACAUCGUUCAACUCUCUCUCGUCCUCGGCGCCGACGAUCGUCUUGACGAUUAUACCGUGUCAUCGUCGUGAAACAUUCGACGUCAUCGAGAUCACGGAUCCUACCGAUUACCCUGGAUUACACGCAACACGACGUCUUCUGGCCAUCAGUUACGAUGACUACAGUGCGCACUGUACCCUCGGAUAAAAUAAAUCUACGCCUCAUCCUCGUCAGUGGCAAGACAAAAGAGUUCCUAUUCAGUCCAAGCGAUUCGGCGGGCGAUAUAGCGCACCAUGUGUUUGAAAAUUGGCCGGAAGAUUGGGCAGAAGAGGCGGUCGCCAAGGCGGAGAUCCUGCGGCUAAUCUACCAGGGUCGUUUCCUGCAUAGCAAUGUCACGCUCGGUGCUCUUGGGCUCCCCUUUGGAAAAACCACGGUGAUGCAUCUGGUACCGCGAGAGAAUCUUCCGGAACCUAAUUCUCAAGAUCAGAGACAAAAAAGUAAAGGCGGCGGGAGUAGUUGCUGCUCGGCUUCCUGCUGCAUACUCUAAAGUCGUCCGCAGUGAUGGUCGCCGACGUCGGUGGUGGAUCUCGUGACUGAGUGUGCAGCAUGGGCUGCUACUAUAGCGCUGAGCCAUGAUUUCUAAGAUUUCGUGCUGAUGUAUAACCGUUAGUGGUUGAGCUCGUGAGCAGUGUAGCACAAGAAACGGAUUGUCAGAUAAAAGAGGGUUUCGCUUGCGCGAUAUCCACUACCACUGACUACCGUCGAGGAGUGAUGCGCGUCGCAUUGAUGCGUUUCCCGAUGAAUGAAUCCGCCACGUCGUUGGAUCGGUCGCUUAUUUCGGUUCAUUUAGCAGGCGGUAAUGCGUGCUCGAUCAAUACAUUCGCGAGGGAAAUCUGCUCCAGAAGAAGAGGAAGAAGAAGAGCGUAUUUCGUUACGGAGAAGUCGGAUCAUUGUCGACACGUCGAUUAGCUUGCGAAGAGAUCGAAUUACCGAUGGUCGGCUAACUUCGAUUAAGUAACGAGCAAA